AUGGCAGACCACCGGGAUAAACCAUUCCGGCGAGACUCCACCAGCGAACGGGUUACCACUCCUGCCGUUUUCGCGGAGCUGUUCGUGGCGCCGCGGCCGUUCGCGGGGCGGCGGGGGAGGCGGCAGCUGGCAGCGUUGGUGUCGUGGGUGCGUCUUCAGCCCGGCGUGCGUGUGGUGCUGGUGGGGUCCCAUCCCAGCCUCCACCGCGUUGCUGCACAACACCCGGGGCGAGUGGUGGUGGAAGAGGAGGUGGAUAUGAGCCUGCACCGCGUGGCAGCGCAACUCGCGGGGCGGGGCGUGGUGGAGAAGGAGGUGGAUGCGUACGAGGGAGGAGAGAAGUCAUGGGGAGCAUUGGCGCAUGGGGUUGCGCGCAUGGGGACGGGUGCAUGGGGAGCAUUGGCGCAUGGGGUUGCGCGCAUGGGGACGGGUGCAUGGGGAGCAUUGGCGCAUGGGGUUGCGCGCAUGGGGACGGGUGCAUGGGGAGCAUUGGCGCAUGGGGUUGCGCGCAUGGGGACGGGUGCAUGGGGAGCAUUGGCGCAUGGGGUUGCGCGCAUGGGGACGGGUGCAUGGGGAGCAUUGGCGCAUGGGGUUGCGCGCAUGGGGACGGGUGCAUGGGGAGCAUUGGCGCAUGGGGUUGCGCGCAUGGGGACGGGUGCAUGGGGAGCAUUGGCGCAUGGGGUUGCGCGCAUGGGGACGGGUGCAUGGGGAGCAUUGGCGCAUGGGGUUGCGCGCAUGGGGACGGGUGCAUGGGGAGCAUUGGCGCAUGGGGUUGCGCGCAUGGGGACGGGUGCAUGGGGAGCAUUGGCGCAUGGGGUUGCGCGCAUGGGGACGGGUGCAUGGGGAGCAUUGGCGCAUGGGGUUGCGCGCAUGGGGACGGGUGCAUGGGGAGCAUUGGCGCAUGGGGUUGCGCGCAUGGGGACGGGUGCAUGGGGAGCAUUGGCGCAUGGGGUUGCGCGCAUGGGGACGGGUGCAUGGGGAGCAUUGGCGCAUGGGGUUGCGCGCAUGGGGACGGGUGCAUGGGGAGCAUUGGCGCAUGGGGUUGCGCGCAUGGGGACGGGUGCAUGGGGAGCAUUGGCGCAUGGGGUUGCGCGCAUGGGGACGGGUGCAUGGGGAGCAUUGGCGCAUGGGGUUGCGCGCAUGGGGACGGGUGCAUGGGGAGCAUUGGCGCAUGGGGUUGCGCGCAUGGGGACGGGUGCAUGGGGAGCAUUGGCGCAUGGGGUUGCGCGCAUGGGGACGGGUGCAUGGGGAGCAUUGGCGCAUGGGGUUGCGCGCAUGGGGACGGGUGCAUGGGGAGCAUUGGCGCAUGGGGUUGCGCGCAUGGGGACGGGUGCAUGGGGAGCAUUGGCGCAUGGGGUUGCGCGCAUGGGGACGGGUGCAUGGGGAGCAUUGGCGCAUGGGGUUGCGCGCAUGGGGACGGGUGCAUGGGGAGCAUUGGCGCAUGGGGUUGCGCGCAUGGGGACGGGUGCAUGGGGAGCAUUGGCGCAUGGGGUUGCGCGCAUGGGGACGGGUGCAUGGGGAGCAUUGGCGCAUGGGGUUGCGCGCAUGGGGACGGGUGCAUGGGGAGCAUUGGCGCAUGGGGUUGCGCGCAUGGGGACGGGUGCAUGGGGAGCAUUGGCGCAUGGGGUUGCGCGCAUGGGGACGGGUGCAUGGGGAGCAUUGGCGCAUGGGGUUGCGCGCAUGGGGACGGGUGCAUGGGGAGCAUUGGCGCAUGGGGUUGCGCGCAUGGGGACGGGUGCAUGGGGAGCAUUGGCGCAUGGGGUUGCGCGCAUGGGGACGGGUGCAUGGGGAGCAUUGGCGCAUGGGGUUGCGCGCAUGGGGACGGGUGCAUGGGGAGCAUUGGCGCAUGGGGUUGCGCGCAUGGGGACGGGUGCAUGGGGAGCAUUGGCGCAUGGGGUUGCGCGCAUGGGGACGGGUGCAUGGGGAGCAUUGGCGCAUGGGGUUGCGCGCAUGGGGACGGGUGCAUGGGGAGCAUUGGCGCAUGGGGUUGCGCGCAUGGGGACGGGUGCAUGGGGAGCAUUGGCGCAUGGGGUUGCGCGCAUGGGGACGGGUGCAUGGGGAGCAUUGGCGCAUGGGGUUGCGCGCAUGGGGACGGGUGCAUGGGGAGCAUUGGCGCAUGGGGUUGCGCGCAUGGGGACGGGUGCAUGGGGAGCAUUGGCGCAUGGGGUUGCGCGCAUGGGGACGGGUGCAUGGGGAGCAUUGGCGCAUGGGGUUGCGCGCAUGGGGACGGGUGCAUGGGGAGCAUUGGCGCAUGGGGUUGCGCGCAUGGGGACGGGUGCAUGGGGAGCAUUGGCGCAUGGGGUUGCGCGCAUGGGGACGGGUGCAUGGGGAGCAUUGGCGCAUGGGGUUGCGCGCAUGGGGACGGGUGCAUGGGGAGCAUUGGCGCAUGGGGUUGCGCGCAUGGGGACGGGUGCAUGGGGAGCAUUGGCGCAUGGGGUUGCGCGCAUGGGGACGGGUGCAUGGGGAGCAUUGGCGCAUGGGGUUGCGCGCAUGGGGACGGGUGCAUGGGGAGCAUUGGCGCAUGGGGUUGCGCGCAUGGGGACGGGUGCAUGGGGAGCAUUGGCGCAUGGGGUUGCGCGCAUGGGGACGGGUGCAUGGGGAGCAUUGGCGCAUGGGGUUGCGCGCAUGGGGACGGGUGCAUGGGGAGCAUUGGCGCAUGGGGUUGCGCGCAUGGGGACGGGUGCAUGGGGAGCAUUGGCGCAUGGGGUUGCGCGCAUGGGGACGGGUGCAUGGGGAGCAUUGGCGCAUGGGGUUGCGCGCAUGGGGACGGGUGCAUGGGGAGCAUUGGCGCAUGGGGUUGCGCGCAUGGGGACGGGUGCAUGGGGAGCAUUGGCGCAUGGGGUUGCGCGCAUGGGGACGGGUGCAUGGGGAGCAUUGGCGCAUGGGGUUGCGCGCAUGGGGACGGGUGCAUGGGGAGCAUUGGCGCAUGGGGUUGCGCGCAUGGGGACGGGUGCAUGGGGAGCAUUGGCGCAUGGGGUUGCGCGCAUGGGGACGGGUGCAUGGGGAGCAUUGGCGCAUGGGGUUGCGCGCAUGGGGACGGGUGCAUGGGGAGCAUUGGCGCAUGGGGUUGCGCGCAUGGGGACGGGUGCAUGGGGAGCAUUGGCGCAUGGGGUUGCGCGCAUGGGGACGGGUGCAUGGGGAGCAUUGGCGCAUGGGGUUGCGCGCAUGGGGACGGGUGCAUGGGGAGCAUUGGCGCAUGGGGUUGCGCGCAUGGGGACGGGUGCAUGGGGAGCAUUGGCGCAUGGGGUUGCGCGCAUGGGGACGGGUGCAUGGGGAGCAUUGGCGCAUGGGGUUGCGCGCAUGGGGACGGGUGCAUGGGGAGCAUUGGCGCAUGGGGUUGCGCGCAUGGGGACGGGUGCAUGGGGAGCAUUGGCGCAUGGGGUUGCGCGCAUGGGGACGGGUGCAUGGGGAGCAUUGGCGCAUGGGGUUGCGCGCAUGGGGACGGGUGCAUGGGGAGCAUUGGCGCAUGGGGUUGCGCGCAUGGGGACGGGUGCAUGGGGAGCAUUGGCGCAUGGGGUUGCGCGCAUGGGGACGGGUGCAUGGGGAGCAUUGGCGCAUGGGGUUGCGCGCAUGGGGACGGGUGCAUGGGGAGCAUUGGCGCAUGGGGUUGCGCGCAUGGGGACGGGUGCAUGGGGAGCAUUGGCGCAUGGGGUUGCGCGCAUGGGGACGGGUGCAUGGGGAGCAUUGGCGCAUGGGGUUGCGCGCAUGGGGACGGGUGCAUGGGGAGCAUUGGCGCAUGGGGUUGCGCGCAUGGGGACGGGUGCAUGGGGAGCAUUGGCGCAUGGGGUUGCGCGCAUGGGGACGGGUGCAUGGGGAGCAUUGGCGCAUGGGGUUGCGCGCAUGGGGACGGGUGCAUGGGGAGCAUUGGCGCAUGGGGUUGCGCGCAUGGGGACGGGUGCAUGGGGAGCAUUGGCGCAUGGGGUUGCGCGCAUGGGGACGGGUGCAUGGGGAGCAUUGGCGCAUGGGGUUGCGCGCAUGGGGACGGGUGCAUGGGGAGCAUUGGCGCAUGGGGUUGCGCGCAUGGGGACGGGUGCAUGGGGAGCAUUGGCGCAUGGGGUUGCGCGCAUGGGGACGGGUGCAUGGGGAGCAUUGGCGCAUGGGGUUGCGCGCAUGGGGACGGGUGCAUGGGGAGCAUUGGCGCAUGGGGUUGCGCGCAUGGGGACGGGUGCAUGGGGAGCAUUGGCGCAUGGGGUUGCGCGCAUGGGGACGGGUGCAUGGGGAGCAUUGGCGCAUGGGGUUGCGCGCAUGGGGACGGGUGCAUGGGGAGCAUUGGCGCAUGGGGUUGCGCGCAUGGGGACGGGUGCAUGGGGAGCAUUGGCGCAUGGGGUUGCGCGCAUGGGGACGGGUGCAUGGGGAGCAUUGGCGCAUGGGGUUGCGCGCAUGGGGACGGGUGCAUGGGGAGCAUUGGCGCAUGGGGUUGCGCGCAUGGGGACGGGUGCAUGGGGAGCAUUGGCGCAUGGGGUUGCGCGCAUGGGGACGGGUGCAUGGGGAGCAUUGGCGCAUGGGGUUGCGCGCAUGGGGACGGGUGCAUGGGGAGCAUUGGCGCAUGGGGUUGCGCGCAUGGGGACGGGUGCAUGGGGAGCAUUGGCGCAUGGGGUUGCGCGCAUGGGGACGGGUGCAUGGGGAGCAUUGGCGCAUGGGGUUGCGCGCAUGGGGACGGGUGCAUGGGGAGCAUUGGCGCAUGGGGUUGCGCGCAUGGGGACGGGUGCAUGGGGAGCAUUGGCGCAUGGGGUUGCGCGCAUGGGGACGGGUGCAUGGGGAGCAUUGGCGCAUGGGGUUGCGCGCAUGGGGACGGGUGCAUGGGGAGCAUUGGCGCAUGGGGUUGCGCGCAUGGGGACGGGUGCAUGGGGAGCAUUGGCGCAUGGGGUUGCGCGCAUGGGGACGGGUGCAUGGGGAGCAUUGGCGCAUGGGGUUGCGCGCAUGGGGACGGGUGCAUGGGGAGCAUUGGCGCAUGGGGUUGCGCGCAUGGGGACGGGUGCAUGGGGAGCAUUGGCGCAUGGGGUUGCGCGCAUGGGGACGGGUGCAUGGGGAGCAUUGGCGCAUGGGGUUGCGCGCAUGGGGACGGGUGCAUGGGGAGCAUUGGCGCAUGGGGUUGCGCGCAUGGGGACGGGUGCAUGGGGAGCAUUGGCGCAUGGGGUUGCGCGCAUGGGGACGGGUGCAUGGGGAGCAUUGGCGCAUGGGGUUGCGCGCAUGGGGACGGGUGCAUGGGGAGCAUUGGCGCAUGGGGUUGCGCGCAUGGGGACGGGUGCAUGGGGAGCAUUGGCGCAUGGGGUUGCGCGCAUGGGGACGGGUGCAUGGGGAGCAUUGGCGCAUGGGGUUGCGCGCAUGGGGACGGGUGCAUGGGGAGCAUUGGCGCAUGGGGUUGCGCGCAUGGGGACGGGUGCAUGGGGAGCAUUGGCGCAUGGGGUUGCGCGCAUGGGGACGGGUGCAUGGGGAGCAUUGGCGCAUGGGGUUGCGCGCAUGGGGACGGGUGCAUGGGGAGCAUUGGCGCAUGGGGUUGCGCGCAUGGGGACGGGUGCAUGGGGAGCAUUGGCGCAUGGGGUUGCGCGCAUGGGGACGGGUGCAUGGGGAGCAUUGGCGCAUGGGGUUGCGCGCAUGGGGACGGGUGCAUGGGGAGCAUUGGCGCAUGGGGUUGCGCGCAUGGGGACGGGUGCAUGGGGAGCAUUGGCGCAUGGGGUUGCGCGCAUGGGGACGGGUGCAUGGGGAGCAUUGGCGCAUGGGGUUGCGCGCAUGGGGACGGGUGCAUGGGGAGCAUUGGCGCAUGGGGUUGCGCGCAUGGGGACGGGUGCAUGGGGAGCAUUGGCGCAUGGGGUUGCGCGCAUGGGGACGGGUGCAUGGGGAGCAUUGGCGCAUGGGGUUGCGCGCAUGGGGACGGGUGCAUGGGGAGCAUUGGCGCAUGGGGUUGCGCGCAUGGGGACGGGUGCAUGGGGAGCAUUGGCGCAUGGGGUUGCGCGCAUGGGGACGGGUGCAUGGGGAGCAUUGGCGCAUGGGGUUGCGCGCAUGGGGACGGCAUUGGCGCAUGGGGUUGCGCGCAUGGGGACGGGUGCAUGGGGAGCAUUGGCGCAUGGGGUUGCGCGCAUGGGGACGGGUGCAUGGGGAGCAUUGGCGCAUGGGGUUGCGCGCAUGGGGACGGGUGCAUGGGGAGCAUUGGCGCAUGGGGUUGCGCGCAUGGGGACGGGUGCAUGGGGAGCAUUGGCGCAUGGGGUUGCGCGCAUGGGGACGGGUGCAUGGGGAGCAUUGGCGCAUGGGGUUGCGCGCAUGGGGACGGGUGCAUGGGGAGCAUUGGCGCAUGGGGUUGCGCGCAUGGGGACGGGUGCAUGGGGAGCAUUGGCGCAUGGGGUUGCGCGCAUGGGGACGGGUGCAUGGGGAGCAUUGGCGCAUGGGGUUGCGCGCAUGGGGACGGGUGCAUGGGGAGCAUUGGCGCAUGGGGUUGCGCGCAUGGGGACGGGUGCAUGGGGAGCAUUGGCGCAUGGGGUUGCGCGCAUGGGGACGGGUGCAUGGGGAGCAUUGGCGCAUGGGGUUGCGCGCAUGGGGACGGGUGCAUGGGGAGCAUUGGCGCAUGGGGUUGCGCGCAUGGGGACGGGUGCAUGGGGAGCAUUGGCGCAUGGGGUUGCGCGCAUGGGGACGGGUGCAUGGGGAGCAUUGGCGCAUGGGGUUGCGCGCAUGGGGACGGGUGCAUGGGGAGCAUUGGCGCAUGGGGUUGCGCGCAUGGGGACGGGUGCAUGGGGAGCAUUGGCGCAUGGGGUUGCGCGCAUGGGGACGGGUGCAUGGGGAGCAUUGGCGCAUGGGGUUGCGCGCAUGGGGACGGGUGCAUGGGGAGCAUUGGCGCAUGGGGUUGCGCGCAUGGGGACGGGUGCAUGGGGAGCAUUGGCGCAUGGGGUUGCGCGCAUGGGGACGGGUGCAUGGGGAGCAUUGGCGCAUGGGGUUGCGCGCAUGGGGACGGGUGCAUGGGGAGCAUUGGCGCAUGGGGUUGCGCGCAUGGGGACGGGUGCAUGGGGAGCAUUGGCGCAUGGGGUUGCGCGCAUGGGGACGGGUGCAUGGGGAGCAUUGGCGCAUGGGGUUGCGCGCAUGGGGACGGGUGCAUGGGGAGCAUUGGCGCAUGGGGUUGCGCGCAUGGGGACGGGUGCAUGGGGAGCAUUGGCGCAUGGGGUUGCGCGCAUGGGGACGGGUGCAUGGGGAGCAUUGGCGCAUGGGGUUGCGCGCAUGGGGACGGGUGCAUGGGGAGCAUUGGCGCAUGGGGUUGCGCGCAUGGGGACGGGUGCAUGGGGAGCAUUGGCGCAUGGGGUUGCGCGCAUGGGGACGGGUGCAUGGGGAGCAUUGGCGCAUGGGGUUGCGCGCAUGGGGACGGGUGCAUGGGGAGCAUUGGCGCAUGGGGUUGCGCGCAUGGGGACGGGUGCAUGGGGAGCAUUGGCGCAUGGGGUUGCGCGCAUGGGGACGGGUGCAUGGGGAGCAUUGGCGCAUGGGGUUGCGCGCAUGGGGACGGGUGCAUGGGGAGCAUUGGCGCAUGGGGUUGCGCGCAUGGGGACGGGUGCAUGGGGAGCAUUGGCGCAUGGGGUUGCGCGCAUGGGGACGGGUGCAUGGGGAGCAUUGGCGCAUGGGGUUGCGCGCAUGGGGACGGGUGCAUGGGGAGCAUUGGCGCAUGGGGUUGCGCGCAUGGGGACGGGUGCAUGGGGAGCAUUGGCGCAUGGGGUUGCGCGCAUGGGGACGGGUGCAUGGGGAGCAUUGGCGCAUGGGGUUGCGCGCAUGGGGACGGGUGCAUGGGGAGCAUUGGCGCAUGGGGUUGCGCGCAUGGGGACGGGUGCAUGGGGAGCAUUGGCGCAUGGGGUUGCGCGCAUGGGGACGGGUGCAUGGGGAGCAUUGGCGCAUGGGGUUGCGCGCAUGGGGACGGGUGCAUGGGGAGCAUUGGCGCAUGGGGUUGCGCGCAUGGGGACGGGUGCAUGGGGAGCAUUGGCGCAUGGGGUUGCGCGCAUGGGGACGGGUGCAUGGGGAGCAUUGGCGCAUGGGGUUGCGCGCAUGGGGACGGGUGCAUGGGGAGCAUUGGCGCAUGGGGUUGCGCGCAUGGGGACGGGUGCAUGGGGAGCAUUGGCGCAUGGGGUUGCGCGCAUGGGGACGGGUGCAUGGGGAGCAUUGGCGCAUGGGGUUGCGCGCAUGGGGACGGGUGCAUGGGGAGCAUUGGCGCAUGGGGUUGCGCGCAUGGGGACGGGUGCAUGGGGAGCAUUGGCGCAUGGGGUUGCGCGCAUGGGGACGGGUGCAUGGGGAGCAUUGGCGCAUGGGGUUGCGCGCAUGGGGACGGGUGCAUGGGGAGCAUUGGCGCAUGGGGUUGCGCGCAUGGGGACGGGUGCAUGGGGAGCAUUGGCGCAUGGGGUUGCGCGCAUGGGGACGGGUGCAUGGGGAGCAUUGGCGCAUGGGGUUGCGCGCAUGGGGACGGGUGCAUGGGGAGCAUUGGCGCAUGGGGUUGCGCGCAUGGGGACGGGUGCAUGGGGAGCAUUGGCGCAUGGGGUUGCGCGCAUGGGGACGGGUGCAUGGGGAGCAUUGGCGCAUGGGGUUGCGCGCAUGGGGACGGGUGCAUGGGGAGCAUUGGCGCAUGGGGUUGCGCGCAUGGGGACGGGUGCAUGGGGAGCAUUGGCGCAUGGGGUUGCGCGCAUGGGGACGGGUGCAUGGGGAGCAUUGGCGCAUGGGGUUGCGCGCAUGGGGACGGGUGCAUGGGGAGCAUUGGCGCAUGGGGUUGCGCGCAUGGGGACGGGUGCAUGGGGAGCAUUGGCGCAUGGGGUUGCGCGCAUGGGGACGGGUGCAUGGGGAGCAUUGGCGCAUGGGGUUGCGCGCAUGGGGACGGGUGCAUGGGGAGCAUUGGCGCAUGGGGUUGCGCGCAUGGGGACGGGUGCAUGGGGAGCAUUGGCGCAUGGGGUUGCGCGCAUGGGGACGGGUGCAUGGGGAGCAUUGGCGCAUGGGGUUGCGCGCAUGGGGACGGGUGCAUGGGGAGCAUUGGCGCAUGGGGUUGCGCGCAUGGGGACGGGUGCAUGGGGAGCAUUGGCGCAUGGGGUUGCGCGCAUGGGGACGGGUGCAUGGGGAGCAUUGGCGCAUGGGGUUGCGCGCAUGGGGACGGGUGCAUGGGGAGCAUUGGCGCAUGGGGUUGCGCGCAUGGGGACGGGUGCAUGGGGAGCAUUGGCGCAUGGGGUUGCGCGCAUGGGGACGGGUGCAUGGGGAGCAUUGGCGCAUGGGGUUGCGCGCAUGGGGACGGGUGCAUGGGGAGCAUUGGCGCAUGGGGUUGCGCGCAUGGGGACGGGUGCAUGGGGAGCAUUGGCGCAUGGGGUUGCGCGCAUGGGGACGGGUGCAUGGGGAGCAUUGGCGCAUGGGGUUGCGCGCAUGGGGACGGGUGCAUGGGGAGCAUUGGCGCAUGGGGUUGCGCGCAUGGGGACGGGUGCAUGGGGAGCAUUGGCGCAUGGGGUUGCGCGCAUGGGGACGGGUGCAUGGGGAGCAUUGGCGCAUGGGGUUGCGCGCAUGGGGACGGGUGCAUGGGGAGCAUUGGCGCAUGGGGUUGCGCGCAUGGGGACGGGUGCAUGGGGAGCAUUGGCGCAUGGGGUUGCGCGCAUGGGGACGGGUGCAUGGGGAGCAUUGGCGCAUGGGGUUGCGCGCAUGGGGACGGGUGCAUGGGGAGCAUUGGCGCAUGGGGUUGCGCGCAUGGGGACGGGUGCAUGGGGAGCAUUGGCGCAUGGGGUUGCGCGCAUGGGGACGGGUGCAUGGGGAGCAUUGGCGCAUGGGGUUGCGCGCAUGGGGACGGGUGCAUGGGGAGCAUUGGCGCAUGGGGUUGCGCGCAUGGGGACGGGUGCAUGGGGAGCAUUGGCGCAUGGGGUUGCGCGCAUGGGGACGGGUGCAUGGGGAGCAUUGGCGCAUGGGGUUGCGCGCAUGGGGACGGGUGCAUGGGGAGCAUUGGCGCAUGGGGUUGCGCGCAUGGGGACGGGUGCAUGGGGAGCAUUGGCGCAUGGGGUUGCGCGCAUGGGGACGGGUGCAUGGGGAGCAUUGGCGCAUGGGGUUGCGCGCAUGGGGACGGGUGCAUGGGGAGCAUUGGCGCAUGGGGUUGCGCGCAUGGGGACGGGUGCAUGGGGAGCAUUGGCGCAUGGGGUUGCGCGCAUGGGGACGGGUGCAUGGGGAGCAUUGGCGCAUGGGGUUGCGCGCAUGGGGACGGGUGCAUGGGGAGCAUUGGCGCAUGGGGUUGCGCGCAUGGGGACGGGUGCAUGGGGAGCAUUGGCGCAUGGGGUUGCGCGCAUGGGGACGGGUGCAUGGGGAGCAUUGGCGCAUGGGGUUGCGCGCAUGGGGACGGGUGCAUGGGGAGCAUUGGCGCAUGGGGUUGCGCGCAUGGGGACGGGUGCAUGGGGAGCAUUGGCGCAUGGGGUUGCGCGCAUGGGGACGGGUGCAUGGGGAGCAUUGGCGCAUGGGGUUGCGCGCAUGGGGACGGGUGCAUGGGGAGCAUUGGCGCAUGGGGUUGCGCGCAUGGGGACGGGUGCAUGGGGAGCAUUGGCGCAUGGGGUUGCGCGCAUGGGGACGGGUGCAUGGGGAGCAUUGGCGCAUGGGGUUGCGCGCAUGGGGACGGGUGCAUGGGGAGCAUUGGCGCAUGGGGUUGCGCGCAUGGGGACGGGUGCAUGGGGAGCAUUGGCGCAUGGGGUUGCGCGCAUGGGGACGGGUGCAUGGGGAGCAUUGGCGCAUGGGGUUGCGCGCAUGGGGACGGGUGCAUGGGGAGCAUUGGCGCAUGGGGUUGCGCGCAUGGGGACGGGUGCAUGGGGAGCAUUGGCGCAUGGGGUUGCGCGCAUGGGGACGGGUGCAUGGGGAGCAUUGGCGCAUGGGGUUGCGCGCAUGGGGACGGGUGCAUGGGGAGCAUUGGCGCAUGGGGUUGCGCGCAUGGGGACGGGUGCAUGGGGAGCAUUGGCGCAUGGGGUUGCGCGCAUGGGGACGGGUGCAUGGGGAGCAUUGGCGCAUGGGGUUGCGCGCAUGGGGACGGGUGCAUGGGGAGCAUUGGCGCAUGGGGUUGCGCGCAUGGGGACGGGUGCAUGGGGAGCAUUGGCGCAUGGGGUUGCGCGCAUGGGGACGGGUGCAUGGGGAGCAUUGGCGCAUGGGGUUGCGCGCAUGGGGACGGGUGCAUGGGGAGCAUUGGCGCAUGGGGUUGCGCGCAUGGGGACGGGUGCAUGGGGAGCAUUGGCGCAUGGGGUUGCGCGCAUGGGGACGGGUGCAUGGGGAGCAUUGGCGCAUGGGGUUGCGCGCAUGGGGACGGGUGCAUGGGGAGCAUUGGCGCAUGGGGUUGCGCGCAUGGGGACGGGUGCAUGGGGAGCAUUGGCGCAUGGGGUUGCGCGCAUGGGGACGGGUGCAUGGGGAGCAUUGGCGCAUGGGGUUGCGCGCAUGGGGACGGGUGCAUGGGGAGCAUUGGCGCAUGGGGUUGCGCGCAUGGGGACGGGUGCAUGGGGAGCAUUGGCGCAUGGGGUUGCGCGCAUGGGGACGGGUGCAUGGGGAGCAUUGGCGCAUGGGGUUGCGCGCAUGGGGACGGGUGCAUGGGGAGCAUUGGCGCAUGGGGUUGCGCGCAUGGGGACGGGUGCAUGGGGAGCAUUGGCGCAUGGGGUUGCGCGCAUGGGGACGGGUGCAUGGGGAGCAUUGGCGCAUGGGGUUGCGCGCAUGGGGACGGGUGCAUGGGGAGCAUUGGCGCAUGGGGUUGCGCGCAUGGGGACGGGUGCAUGGGGAGCAUUGGCGCAUGGGGUUGCGCGCAUGGGGACGGGUGCAUGGGGAGCAUUGGCGCAUGGGGUUGCGCGCAUGGGGACGGGUGCAUGGGGAGCAUUGGCGCAUGGGGUUGCGCGCAUGGGGACGGGUGCAUGGGGAGCAUUGGCGCAUGGGGUUGCGCGCAUGGGGACGGGUGCAUGGGGAGCAUUGGCGCAUGGGGUUGCGCGCAUGGGGACGGGUGCAUGGGGAGCAUUGGCGCAUGGGGUUGCGCGCAUGGGGACGGGUGCAUGGGGAGCAUUGGCGCAUGGGGUUGCGCGCAUGGGGACGGGUGCAUGGGGAGCAUUGGCGCAUGGGGUUGCGCGCAUGGGGACGGGUGCAUGGGGAGCAUUGGCGCAUGGGGUUGCGCGCAUGGGGACGGGUGCAUGGGGAGCAUUGGCGCAUGGGGUUGCGCGCAUGGGGACGGGUGCAUGGGGAGCAUUGGCGCAUGGGGUUGCGCGCAUGGGGACGGGUGCAUGGGGAGCAUUGGCGCAUGGGGUUGCGCGCAUGGGGACGGGUGCAUGGGGAGCAUUGGCGCAUGGGGUUGCGCGCAUGGGGACGGGUGCAUGGGGAGCAUUGGCGCAUGGGGUUGCGCGCAUGGGGACGGGUGCAUGGGGAGCAUUGGCGCAUGGGGUUGCGCGCAUGGGGACGGGUGCAUGGGGAGCAUUGGCGCAUGGGGUUGCGCGCAUGGGGACGGGUGCAUGGGGAGCAUUGGCGCAUGGGGUUGCGCGCAUGGGGACGGGUGCAUGGGGAGCAUUGGCGCAUGGGGUUGCGCGCAUGGGGACGGGUGCAUGGGGAGCAUUGGCGCAUGGGGUUGCGCGCAUGGGGACGGGUGCAUGGGGAGCAUUGGCGCAUGGGGUUGCGCGCAUGGGGACGGGUGCAUGGGGAGCAUUGGCGCAUGGGGUUGCGCGCAUGGGGACGGGUGCAUGGGGAGCAUUGGCGCAUGGGGUUGCGCGCAUGGGGACGGGUGCAUGGGGAGCAUUGGCGCAUGGGGUUGCGCGCAUGGGGACGGGUGCAUGGGGAGCAUUGGCGCAUGGGGUUGCGCGCAUGGGGACGGGUGCAUGGGGAGCAUUGGCGCAUGGGGUUGCGCGCAUGGGGACGGGUGCAUGGGGAGCAUUGGCGCAUGGGGUUGCGCGCAUGGGGACGGGUGCAUGGGGAGCAUUGGCGCAUGGGGUUGCGCGCAUGGGGACGGGUGCAUGGGGAGCAUUGGCGCAUGGGGUUGCGCGCAUGGGGACGGGUGCAUGGGGAGCAUUGGCGCAUGGGGUUGCGCGCAUGGGGACGGGUGCAUGGGGAGCAUUGGCGCAUGGGGUUGCGCGCAUGGGGACGGGUGCAUGGGGAGCAUUGGCGCAUGGGGUUGCGCGCAUGGGGACGGGUGCAUGGGGAGCAUUGGCGCAUGGGGUUGCGCGCAUGGGGACGGGUGCAUGGGGAGCAUUGGCGCAUGGGGUUGCGCGCAUGGGGACGGGUGCAUGGGGAGCAUUGGCGCAUGGGGUUGCGCGCAUGGGGACGGGUGCAUGGGGAGCAUUGGCGCAUGGGGUUGCGCGCAUGGGGACGGGUGCAUGGGGAGCAUUGGCGCAUGGGGUUGCGCGCAUGGGGACGGGUGCAUGGGGAGCAUUGGCGCAUGGGGUUGCGCGCAUGGGGACGGGUGCAUGGGGAGCAUUGGCGCAUGGGGUUGCGCGCAUGGGGACGGGUGCAUGGGGAGCAUUGGCGCAUGGGGUUGCGCGCAUGGGGACGGGUGCAUGGGGAGCAUUGGCGCAUGGGGUUGCGCGCAUGGGGACGGGUGCAUGGGGAGCAUUGGCGCAUGGGGUUGCGCGCAUGGGGACGGGUGCAUGGGGAGCAUUGGCGCAUGGGGUUGCGCGCAUGGGGACGGGUGCAUGGGGAGCAUUGGCGCAUGGGGUUGCGCGCAUGGGGACGGGUGCAUGGGGAGCAUUGGCGCAUGGGGUUGCGCGCAUGGGGACGGGUGCAUGGGGAGCAUUGGCGCAUGGGGUUGCGCGCAUGGGGACGGGUGCAUGGGGAGCAUUGGCGCAUGGGGUUGCGCGCAUGGGGACGGGUGCAUGGGGAGCAUUGGCGCAUGGGGUUGCGCGCAUGGGGACGGGUGCAUGGGGAGCAUUGGCGCAUGGGGUUGCGCGCAUGGGGACGGGUGCAUGGGGAGCAUUGGCGCAUGGGGUUGCGCGCAUGGGGACGGGUGCAUGGGGAGCAUUGGCGCAUGGGGUUGCGCGCAUGGGGACGGGUGCAUGGGGAGCAUUGGCGCAUGGGGUUGCGCGCAUGGGGACGGGUGCAUGGGGAGCAUUGGCGCAUGGGGUUGCGCGCAUGGGGACGGGUGCAUGGGGAGCAUUGGCGCAUGGGGUUGCGCGCAUGGGGACGGGUGCAUGGGGAGCAUUGGCGCAUGGGGUUGCGCGCAUGGGGACGGGUGCAUGGGGAGCAUUGGCGCAUGGGGUUGCGCGCAUGGGGACGGGUGCAUGGGGAGCAUUGGCGCAUGGGGUUGCGCGCAUGGGGACGGGUGCAUGGGGAGCAUUGGCGCAUGGGGUUGCGCGCAUGGGGACGGGUGCAUGGGGAGCAUUGGCGCAUGGGGUUGCGCGCAUGGGGACGGGUGCAUGGGGAGCAUUGGCGCAUGGGGUUGCGCGCAUGGGGACGGGUGCAUGGGGAGCAUUGGCGCAUGGGGUUGCGCGCAUGGGGACGGGUGCAUGGGGAGCAUUGGCGCAUGGGGUUGCGCGCAUGGGGACGGGUGCAUGGGGAGCAUUGGCGCAUGGGGUUGCGCGCAUGGGGACGGGUGCAUGGGGAGCAUUGGCGCAUGGGGUUGCGCGCAUGGGGACGGGUGCAUGGGGAGCAUUGGCGCAUGGGGUUGCGCGCAUGGGGACGGGUGCAUGGGGAGCAUUGGCGCAUGGGGUUGCGCGCAUGGGGACGGGUGCAUGGGGAGCAUUGGCGCAUGGGGUUGCGCGCAUGGGGACGGGUGCAUGGGGAGCAUUGGCGCAUGGGGUUGCGCGCAUGGGGACGGGUGCAUGGGGAGCAUUGGCGCAUGGGGUUGCGCGCAUGGGGACGGGUGCAUGGGGAGCAUUGGCGCAUGGGGUUGCGCGCAUGGGGACGGGUGCAUGGGGAGCAUUGGCGCAUGGGGUUGCGCGCAUGGGGACGGGUGCAUGGGGAGCAUUGGCGCAUGGGGUUGCGCGCAUGGGGACGGGUGCAUGGGGAGCAUUGGCGCAUGGGGUUGCGCGCAUGGGGACGGGUGCAUGGGGAGCAUUGGCGCAUGGGGUUGCGCGCAUGGGGACGGGUGCAUGGGGAGCAUUGGCGCAUGGGGUUGCGCGCAUGGGGACGGGUGCAUGGGGAGCAUUGGCGCAUGGGGUUGCGCGCAUGGGGACGGGUGCAUGGGGAGCAUUGGCGCAUGGGGUUGCGCGCAUGGGGACGGGUGCAUGGGGAGCAUUGGCGCAUGGGGUUGCGCGCAUGGGGACGGGUGCAUGGGGAGCAUUGGCGCAUGGGGUUGCGCGCAUGGGGACGGGUGCAUGGGGAGCAUUGGCGCAUGGGGUUGCGCGCAUGGGGACGGGUGCAUGGGGAGCAUUGGCGCAUGGGGUUGCGCGCAUGGGGACGGGUGCAUGGGGAGCAUUGGCGCAUGGGGUUGCGCGCAUGGGGACGGGUGCAUGGGGAGCAUUGGCGCAUGGGGUUGCGCGCAUGGGGACGGGUGCAUGGGGAGCAUUGGCGCAUGGGGUUGCGCGCAUGGGGACGGGUGCAUGGGGAGCAUUGGCGCAUGGGGUUGCGCGCAUGGGGACGGGUGCAUGGGGAGCAUUGGCGCAUGGGGUUGCGCGCAUGGGGACGGGUGCAUGGGGAGCAUUGGCGCAUGGGGUUGCGCGCAUGGGGACGGGUGCAUGGGGAGCAUUGGCGCAUGGGGUUGCGCGCAUGGGGACGGGUGCAUGGGGAGCAUUGGCGCAUGGGGUUGCGCGCAUGGGGACGGGUGCAUGGGGAGCAUUGGCGCAUGGGGUUGCGCGCAUGGGGACGGGUGCAUGGGGAGCAUUGGCGCAUGGGGUUGCGCGCAUGGGGACGGGUGCAUGGGGAGCAUUGGCGCAUGGGGUUGCGCGCAUGGGGACGGGUGCAUGGGGAGCAUUGGCGCAUGGGGUUGCGCGCAUGGGGACGGGUGCAUGGGGAGCAUUGGCGCAUGGGGUUGCGCGCAUGGGGACGGGUGCAUGGGGAGCAUUGGCGCAUGGGGUUGCGCGCAUGGGGACGGGUGCAUGGGGAGCAUUGGCGCAUGGGGUUGCGCGCAUGGGGACGGGUGCAUGGGGAGCAUUGGCGCAUGGGGUUGCGCGCAUGGGGACGGGUGCAUGGGGAGCAUUGGCGCAUGGGGUUGCGCGCAUGGGGACGGGUGCAUGGGGAGCAUUGGCGCAUGGGGUUGCGCGCAUGGGGACGGGUGCAUGGGGAGCAUUGGCGCAUGGGGUUGCGCGCAUGGGGACGGGUGCAUGGGGAGCAUUGGCGCAUGGGGUUGCGCGCAUGGGGACGGGUGCAUGGGGAGCAUUGGCGCAUGGGGUUGCGCGCAUGGGGACGGGUGCAUGGGGAGCAUUGGCGCAUGGGGUUGCGCGCAUGGGGACGGGUGCAUGGGGAGCAUUGGCGCAUGGGGUUGCGCGCAUGGGGACGGGUGCAUGGGGAGCAUUGGCGCAUGGGGUUGCGCGCAUGGGGACGGGUGCAUGGGGAGCAUUGGCGCAUGGGGUUGCGCGCAUGGGGACGGGUGCAUGGGGAGCAUUGGCGCAUGGGGUUGCGCGCAUGGGGACGGGUGCAUGGGGAGCAUUGGCGCAUGGGGUUGCGCGCAUGGGGACGGGUGCAUGGGGAGCAUUGGCGCAUGGGGUUGCGCGCAUGGGGACGGGUGCAUGGGGAGCAUUGGCGCAUGGGGUUGCGCGCAUGGGGACGGGUGCAUGGGGAGCAUUGGCGCAUGGGGUUGCGCGCAUGGGGACGGGUGCAUGGGGAGCAUUGGCGCAUGGGGUUGCGCGCAUGGGGACGGGUGCAUGGGGAGCAUUGGCGCAUGGGGUUGCGCGCAUGGGGACGGGUGCAUGGGGAGCAUUGGCGCAUGGGGUUGCGCGCAUGGGGACGGGUGCAUGGGGAGCAUUGGCGCAUGGGGUUGCGCGCAUGGGGACGGGUGCAUGGGGAGCAUUGGCGCAUGGGGUUGCGCGCAUGGGGACGGGUGCAUGGGGAGCAUUGGCGCAUGGGGUUGCGCGCAUGGGGACGGGUGCAUGGGGAGCAUUGGCGCAUGGGGUUGCGCGCAUGGGGACGGGUGCAUGGGGAGCAUUGGCGCAUGGGGUUGCGCGCAUGGGGACGGGUGCAUGGGGAGCAUUGGCGCAUGGGGUUGCGCGCAUGGGGACGGGUGCAUGGGGAGCAUUGGCGCAUGGGGUUGCGCGCAUGGGGACGGGUGCAUGGGGAGCAUUGGCGCAUGGGGUUGCGCGCAUGGGGACGGGUGCAUGGGGAGCAUUGGCGCAUGGGGUUGCGCGCAUGGGGACGGGUGCAUGGGGAGCAUUGGCGCAUGGGGUUGCGCGCAUGGGGACGGGUGCAUGGGGAGCAUUGGCGCAUGGGGUUGCGCGCAUGGGGACGGGUGCAUGGGGAGCAUUGGCGCAUGGGGUUGCGCGCAUGGGGACGGGUGCAUGGGGAGCAUUGGCGCAUGGGGUUGCGCGCAUGGGGACGGGUGCAUGGGGAGCAUUGGCGCAUGGGGUUGCGCGCAUGGGGACGGGUGCAUGGGGAGCAUUGGCGCAUGGGGUUGCGCGCAUGGGGACGGGUGCAUGGGGAGCAUUGGCGCAUGGGGUUGCGCGCAUGGGGACGGGUGCAUGGGGAGCAUUGGCGCAUGGGGUUGCGCGCAUGGGGACGGGUGCAUGGGGAGCAUUGGCGCAUGGGGUUGCGCGCAUGGGGACGGGUGCAUGGGGAGCAUUGGCGCAUGGGGUUGCGCGCAUGGGGACGGGUGCAUGGGGAGCAUUGGCGCAUGGGGUUGCGCGCAUGGGGACGGGUGCAUGGGGAGCAUUGGCGCAUGGGGUUGCGCGCAUGGGGACGGGUGCAUGGGGAGCAUUGGCGCAUGGGGUUGCGCGCAUGGGGACGGGUGCAUGGGGAGCAUUGGCGCAUGGGGUUGCGCGCAUGGGGACGGGUGCAUGGGGAGCAUUGGCGCAUGGGGUUGCGCGCAUGGGGACGGGUGCAUGGGGAGCAUUGGCGCAUGGGGUUGCGCGCAUGGGGACGGGUGCAUGGGGAGCAUUGGCGCAUGGGGUUGCGCGCAUGGGGACGGGUGCAUGGGGAGCAUUGGCGCAUGGGGUUGCGCGCAUGGGGACGGGUGCAUGGGGAGCAUUGGCGCAUGGGGUUGCGCGCAUGGGGACGGGUGCAUGGGGAGCAUUGGCGCAUGGGGUUGCGCGCAUGGGGACGGGUGCAUGGGGAGCAUUGGCGCAUGGGGUUGCGCGCAUGGGGACGGGUGCAUGGGGAGCAUUGGCGCAUGGGGUUGCGCGCAUGGGGACGGGUGCAUGGGGAGCAUUGGCGCAUGGGGUUGCGCGCAUGGGGACGGGUGCAUGGGGAGCAUUGGCGCAUGGGGUUGCGCGCAUGGGGACGGGUGCAUGGGGAGCAUUGGCGCAUGGGGUUGCGCGCAUGGGGACGGGUGCAUGGGGAGCAUUGGCGCAUGGGGUUGCGCGCAUGGGGACGGGUGCAUGGGGAGCAUUGGCGCAUGGGGUUGCGCGCAUGGGGACGGGUGCAUGGGGAGCAUUGGCGCAUGGGGUUGCGCGCAUGGGGACGGGUGCAUGGGGAGCAUUGGCGCAUGGGGUUGCGCGCAUGGGGACGGGUGCAUGGGGAGCAUUGGCGCAUGGGGUUGCGCGCAUGGGGACGGGUGCAUGGGGAGCAUUGGCGCAUGGGGUUGCGCGCAUGGGGACGGGUGCAUGGGGAGCAUUGGCGCAUGGGGUUGCGCGCAUGGGGACGGGUGCAUGGGGAGCAUUGGCGCAUGGGGUUGCGCGCAUGGGGACGGGUGCAUGGGGAGCAUUGGCGCAUGGGGUUGCGCGCAUGGGGACGGGUGCAUGGGGAGCAUUGGCGCAUGGGGUUGCGCGCAUGGGGACGGGUGCAUGGGGAGCAUUGGCGCAUGGGGUUGCGCGCAUGGGGACGGGUGCAUGGGGAGCAUUGGCGCAUGGGGUUGCGCGCAUGGGGACGGGUGCAUGGGGAGCAUUGGCGCAUGGGGUUGCGCGCAUGGGGACGGGUGCAUGGGGAGCAUUGGCGCAUGGGGUUGCGCGCAUGGGGACGGGUGCAUGGGGAGCAUUGGCGCAUGGGGUUGCGCGCAUGGGGACGGGUGCAUGGGGAGCAUUGGCGCAUGGGGUUGCGCGCAUGGGGACGGGUGCAUGGGGAGCAUUGGCGCAUGGGGUUGCGCGCAUGGGGACGGGUGCAUGGGGAGCAUUGGCGCAUGGGGUUGCGCGCAUGGGGACGGGUGCAUGGGGAGCAUUGGCGCAUGGGGUUGCGCGCAUGGGGACGGGUGCAUGGGGAGCAUUGGCGCAUGGGGUUGCGCGCAUGGGGACGGGUGCAUGGGGAGCAUUGGCGCAUGGGGUUGCGCGCAUGGGGACGGGUGCAUGGGGAGCAUUGGCGCAUGGGGUUGCGCGCAUGGGGACGGGUGCAUGGGGAGCAUUGGCGCAUGGGGUUGCGCGCAUGGGGACGGGUGCAUGGGGAGCAUUGGCGCAUGGGGUUGCGCGCAUGGGGACGGGUGCAUGGGGAGCAUUGGCGCAUGGGGUUGCGCGCAUGGGGACGGGUGCAUGGGGAGCAUUGGCGCAUGGGGUUGCGCGCAUGGGGACGGGUGCAUGGGGAGCAUUGGCGCAUGGGGUUGCGCGCAUGGGGACGGGUGCAUGGGGAGCAUUGGCGCAUGGGGUUGCGCGCAUGGGGACGGGUGCAUGGGGAGCAUUGGCGCAUGGGGUUGCGCGCAUGGGGACGGGUGCAUGGGGAGCAUUGGCGCAUGGGGUUGCGCGCAUGGGGACGGGUGCAUGGGGAGCAUUGGCGCAUGGGGUUGCGCGCAUGGGGACGGGUGCAUGGGGAGCAUUGGCGCAUGGGGUUGCGCGCAUGGGGACGGGUGCAUGGGGAGCAUUGGCGCAUGGGGUUGCGCGCAUGGGGACGGGUGCAUGGGGAGCAUUGGCGCAUGGGGUUGCGCGCAUGGGGACGGGUGCAUGGGGAGCAUUGGCGCAUGGGGUUGCGCGCAUGGGGACGGGUGCAUGGGGAGCAUUGGCGCAUGGGGUUGCGCGCAUGGGGACGGGUGCAUGGGGAGCAUUGGCGCAUGGGGUUGCGCGCAUGGGGACGGGUGCAUGGGGAGCAUUGGCGCAUGGGGUUGCGCGCAUGGGGACGGGUGCAUGGGGAGCAUUGGCGCAUGGGGUUGCGCGCAUGGGGACGGGUGCAUGGGGAGCAUUGGCGCAUGGGGUUGCGCGCAUGGGGACGGGUGCAUGGGGAGCAUUGGCGCAUGGGGUUGCGCGCAUGGGGACGGGUGCAUGGGGAGCAUUGGCGCAUGGGGUUGCGCGCAUGGGGACGGGUGCAUGGGGAGCAUUGGCGCAUGGGGUUGCGCGCAUGGGGACGGGUGCAUGGGGAGCAUUGGCGCAUGGGGUUGCGCGCAUGGGGACGGGUGCAUGGGGAGCAUUGGCGCAUGGGGUUGCGCGCAUGGGGACGGGUGCAUGGGGAGCAUUGGCGCAUGGGGUUGCGCGCAUGGGGACGGGUGCAUGGGGAGCAUUGGCGCAUGGGGUUGCGCGCAUGGGGACGGGUGCAUGGGGAGCAUUGGCGCAUGGGGUUGCGCGCAUGGGGACGGGUGCAUGGGGAGCAUUGGCGCAUGGGGUUGCGCGCAUGGGGACGGGUGCAUGGGGAGCAUUGGCGCAUGGGGUUGCGCGCAUGGGGACGGGUGCAUGGGGAGCAUUGGCGCAUGGGGUUGCGCGCAUGGGGACGGGUGCAUGGGGAGCAUUGGCGCAUGGGGUUGCGCGCAUGGGGACGGGUGCAUGGGGAGCAUUGGCGCAUGGGGUUGCGCGCAUGGGGACGGGUGCAUGGGGAGCAUUGGCGCAUGGGGUUGCGCGCAUGGGGACGGGUGCAUGGGGAGGGGUGCAUGGGGAGGGGUGCAUGGGGAGGAGCAUAUGCGCAUGUGGUGGUUCAACUCUCUGGUCGUGGGUGCGGUUGCAGCCCGGCUUGUGCGUGGUGCUGCCUGCCUCCUCCCCCGUUUCCCCAUACCCUCCCCUGCUUCCCCAUACCUUCCCCCGCUUCUCCAUACCCUCCCCUGCUUUCCCAUACCUUCCCAAGCUUCUCCAUGCCCUCCCCCGCUUCCCCGUACCCUCCCCCACUCCCCCUUCCCUCCCCUGCUUUCACUCUUUCCCCUUCCGAAGCUUCGCCUCAGGCCGACCCUUAGCCAACAGCCUCUUUGCCCGCGCCCGAGCCUCCCGUGCAGGCGUGGCAAUCGUCCUAACCGACCCCGAGGCUGUGCUUAUGCCGAGCCUGAGUGUAGCUUUGGAAAAGGCACGGGACGUGCAGGGAGACUGGCUGCUAGUGGCAGGCGCGUGGAGAGUUGAAGCAGGAGGCUCGGCAGGAGGUCCAGGAGCUGGUUCGGUUGAGUGGAGGAGGGUUGGGGCAGGUAGGGCGGCACUGAGGGAAGAGAAUAGUGCAGAAACGGGUGACAGUGAGGAGGAGUAUGCAUGGGUGGUAACCAGUGUAACAGGAGUGACACGUCAGCUGAGCAUGGAUGGGGCUUUAAGUCAUCUCCAGUCGUCCUCCUUGCUCUCUCACCGGCCCUGCUCUCCCCCCAUCCUAUGGGCGUGGAACGUGGGCUGCACCCCUCUCCUCUCUGGCCCCAUGCCCCCAUUCCGCCUGUUGCAGCCCCACACAGAGAGGGGGGAGAGCAGGGGGGAGCGCGAGGGGUCAAGGGGGAAGGAAGGGCACAGAGGGCAAGAGGGCAAGGCCGGUCAUGAGGAGGGGCAGCGAAGAGAAACGGUAGAUUCGAAGGCUGGCUCUCAAGAUUGGGGGAACGAUUCUACACGCCAGGGGUUACCUGGUUACCACACACCUGGCCUUCACCACGGCACACCAUCGUCAGUGCGGGGUGUGUGGCAGCAGUGGGUGCUGCACGAGUGCCUCUCCUCGCCCCUCCGCCUCGUGCUCGAUGCUUCUGCGCUAAAGCCCGUGCUGCUGCUGCCACCCCGGGGGGCUGCUGCUGCUGUGGAGGAGGGGAUGGGCGACUGGGAGGGAGAGGAGGAAGGGGAGGAAAAGGAUGAGGGAGGGCGAGAUUGGAAGGGAGAGGAGGGGGGAGGUGAGGGAGUGGGUGAGGAGGAAGGAGAGGAAGAGCUGAAUGCCUACUUGGCUCUCUCCUACGGAUCCUUUCCCCUCUCACUAUCCUCUGUUCCUCCCGCCAACGGUCACUCCCACAACAAGCACGGUUCCACCAAGGACAGCAGCAGCGCCGCACAGCAGCAACUGCUGCAACAGAGGCAGCAGCAGAGAGUGAGCCGUGGGCCGCGCAUGUCACUUGGAGAUGUGCCGUGGGCCCUUGUCCCUUGUGCCUAUCCUGGCGCUGCUGGGUUCUGCUUCCAGCCACGGGGCAAGCAGCAAUGGCGGAUGGUGCCACCAGAAGGAGGAAGCGGGGAUGAGGAGGGGGGAGGCGGUGAUCGGGGCGAGGGGCAGAGGUGCAUUCGGCGGGUUGAGAGAGAGGAGUUGAAGCAGGCAGCAGCCGCGUGGAGGAGAGAGGGUCUUGGGUUAAGGCGGAGGCGGGAGGCCAAGAGGAAGGAGGUGGAGUUAGGGGUGGAGGUUGAGGAGGAGGAGAGUGGAGGGGGAAGGGGUGAAGAUGAGAGAGGAGGGUCGGUCGGAGGUAGGAACGAGACUAGAGGGGCGGGUGGAGUGGCGGAUGGAGGGACAGGGGUGGGGGGGCUUGCGUUUGAGAGAGUGGAGCAUGAUGAGGUGAUGCUGCGGGUGCUGCGACAGGUGGUGGGGAGGGGGACGCGCAUGAAGAGGGGGGGAAGCAGGGAGAGAGGGAAGGGAAGACGCACGCAAGAGGAUGAAGGAUUGGGCGAAAAGGAGGCUGCAGCAGGAAGGAGAGGCAGCAGCGUGCGGAAGUCUGAAGCAGAAGGAACAAAAGGGACACAAGGGAGAGAAGGGACAGAAGGGACAGGGGGGACAGCAGGGGUCGACGGGGCAGGUGCAGUAGAGGGAGACGAAGCGCGGACGGUGGUGCUGGCGGUGGUGGCGUCAAACUACAGGGAGGUGAUGAUGAGCUGGGUGUGUGGGCUGCGCCGCCUGCACGUGCACAACUACGUUAUAGCCGCCAUGGACAGGGAUACUUACGACUUUGCCCGCGAGCAGGGCCUGCCCGUGUUCCCCCACGCGUACGAUUAUGCCUUCGGCCGCGACGACUGCCACUUCGGCACGGACUGCUUCCUCAAUGUGACUAAAGUGAAGUCUCGGGCAGCCCUCCGCGUGUUACGGGCUGGUUACCAUGUGCUGUUUAACGACGCGGAUAUUUACUGGUUUGCGGACGCGCGGCCGAUAGUGAUGGGGUAUGGGCCGGGGCACAUGGUGGUUCAGAGCGAUAAUCAUAAUGACACGGGCCCGGAUAAUGACUAUCGGCGGCUCAACUCGGGGUUUUAUUUCAUCCGCUCCGAGCCGAGGGCCUUGGCGGCUUUAGAGGCGGUGGUGGCACAUGCAGCAGCAUCCCCCAUAACGGAGCAGCCGAGCUUCUAUGAUGUGCUGUGUGGAGCUUCUUCUGAGUACACCUCUACUUCCCUCUCUGCUUCCCACUCUGCUUCCCACUCUGCUUCCCACCAAGCUUCCCACUCUGCUUCCCACUCUACUUCCCACUCUGCUUCCCUCUCUGCUUCCCACUCUGUUUCCCACUCUGCUUCCCACUCUGCUUCCCACUCUGCUUCCCACUCUGCUUCCCACUCUGCUUCCCACUCUGCUUCCCACUCUGCUUCCCACUCUGCUUCCCACUCUGCUUCCCACUCUGCUUCCCACUCUGCUUCCCUCUCUGCUUCCCACUCUGCUUCCCACUCUGCUUCCCACUCUGCUUCCCUCUCUGCUUCCCACUCUGCUUCCCACUCUGCUUCCCACUCUGCUUCCCACCAAGCUUCCCACUCUGCUUCCCACUCUACUUCCCACUCUGCUUCCCUCUCUGCUUCCCACUCUGUUUCCCACUCUGCUUCCCACUCUGCUUCCCACUCUGCUUCCCACUCUGCUUCCCACUCUGCUUCCGACUCUGCUUCCCACUCUGCUUCCCACUCUGCUUCCCACUCUGCUUCCCACUCUGCUUCCCACUCUGCUUCCUACUCUGCUUCCCACUCUGCUUCCCACUCUGCUUCCCACUCUGCUUCCCUCUCUGCUUCCCACUCUGCUUCCCACUCUGCUUCCCUUUCUGCUUCCCACUCUGCUUCCCACUCUGCUUCCCUUUCUGCUUCCCACUCUGCUUCCCUUUCUGCUUCCCACUCUGCUUCCCUUUCUGCUUCCCACUCUGCUUCCCUUUCUGCUUCCCACUCUGCUUCCCUUUCUGCUUCCCACUCUGCUUCCCACUCUGCUUCCCUUUCUGCUUCCCACUCUGCUUCCCUUUCUGCUUCCCACUCUGCUUCCCUUUCUGCUUCCCACUCUGCUUCCCUUUCUGCUUCCCACUCUGCUUCCCUUUCUGCUUCCCACUCUGCUUCCCUUUCUGCUUCCCACUCUGCUUCCCACUCUGCUUCCCUUUCUGCUUCCCACUCUGCUUCCCUUUCUGCUUCCCACUCUGCUUCCCUUUCUGCUUCCCACUCUGCUUCCCUUUCUGCUUCCCACUCUGCUUCCCUUUCUGCUUCCCACCCUGCUUCCCUUUCUGCUUCCCACUCUGCUUCCCACUCUGCUUCCCUUUCUGCUUCCCACUCUGCUUCCCUUUCUGCUUCCCACUCUGCUUCCCUUUCUGCUUCCCUCUCUGCUUCCCUCUCUGCUUCCCUCCAAGCAAAAUUUACGUCUUUGGGCAAGUCUUGCCUCCAUUCGCCACUGUCGCACAGUCCGUCCAGAAUCAGACCCGACGUCGUCCGAUGCCCCUCACUCAUCACUCCGAAAUCCUCCACAUGCAUGGCUGCCGCGUGUGCUGCUGUGAUUGGCCCGUCCCGUUGCCCAGGUGCGGUGCUACAGGAGCUGCAGAAGGCGUGGAACUUCACAUUCACAGGCUGGUUCCCUGGAGGGGACUGCAGGGGCGCGGCUGGCCUCACGUGUGACCAGGCUGGCAGCGUUACCUCCAUGCAAUUCUUCACGCUCAUGGGGCCGUCCUUCCCCACAGAUAGUGUCACGCGCCUUGGUAGCCUCACGGAGCUGAGCUUCAGCAGCGCCGUCUAUUUUCUGGACAACCCACUCUACAGCAUCACGUGGCUCAAGGCGCUGUCAGUGGAGUGUGUUCCGGGCGGUGUUGCAGAGAGCUUUCCUUCCACCAUUGCCAACCUCGCGCAGCUCACCAGACUGAGAGUGAAGGACUGCGGCAUGGGCACCAAUGGCGGCUUCUCACUGCUCAGCUCACUCACCAGCCUCGUGGAUGUCGAGCUGCCAUCCAACGGCGUCUCGGAUCUAUCGCCCCUUCACGGACUGGACUUCGCCAAACUACAGAAGCUCAAUCUGAGCUCCAACGCACUGCACUCCAACCAACUCCGGGGCCUGAGCAACCUCACCAGCCUCACGUCCCUGGAUAUGUCACACAAUGGGCUCGAGGGCGAUCAGCUGCUGCAAGGGCUAACCCUGCCCAACCUGCACCUUCUGGAUCUCUCUCACAACCAGCUCAGUGGCCCUCUCCCUGAAUCUCUCACGGCCAUGACCUCCCUAGUUACCAUAGACAUGGGCUUCAACAAGCUGCAAGGAACCAUCCCCCCCUCCUUUGGCAGCCUGAACAACCUCUCCACGCUCGCCACCAGCAACACCACUCUCGCGUGCCCUGACCGCUACAGCAGCUGCGGUGUGCCUCAGAAUCCAUCUACUGGCUUCUGCCGCACCUGCGCUGACUUCUGCACCACAUGCGACAAGUCCCAGUUGCCGGCACCGCCUGCAGCCAACCAGGGGAAGGCAGGAGUGUCUGUGGGAGUGAUCGUCGGGGCAGUGGUUGCCGCCUGUGCUGCUGCCCUGGGCCUGGCUUCAAUCCUCUACCACUGCUGCUUCAACAAACGGCAAGAGAAAGCGUUAAUGAGCAGCAAGGCAGCAGCGCAGGCAUGUCAGGAGUAUCCCCUGCAGCAGGUGGUGAGGGCCACCAACGGGUGGAGCGAGGAUAAUCUGCUGGGCAGGGGUGCCUUUGGGGACGUGUAUCGCGCUGUGUCUCCCGCUGAUGGCGCCACCCUGUGGGCUGUGAAGCGCGCCAAGCUUAUUACUAACGACUUUGACACUGAGGUAUGCCAAAUGGCCUCGAAGCACCACCCCAACCUGGUGCGACUGCUGGGAUUCGCCAUAGGCAUCACGGACAAGACCCGGGUGGAGCAGGUCCUCAUCUACGAGCUCAUGCCCAACGGGGACCUCUCGCACUGGAUGGGCAAAGAUACCCCCACGCCGCUGACCUUCCAGCAGCGCGUGGACAUCAUGAUAGGGGCUGCGCGGGGGUUCGAGUACCUGCACAGCUUUGGCAUCGUGCAUCGUGACAUCAAACCCGCCAACAUAUUGCUUGAUGGAAACAUGCAGGCUAAGAUUUCAGACUUUGGGCUGGUGAGGAAGGGAGAGGGCACGGGACUGCAGAGCACACGAGUGGUGGGAACACCAGGCUAUGUGGAUCCCGCUUAUGUCGCUUCCAAUAAGGCCACCACUGCCGCAGAUGUGUACAGCUUUGGCGUGGUGAUGCUGGAGCUAAUGACAGGGCGGGCAGCUGUGCAGGAGUCGCUAGCCCCGGGCGCUGACGAGGAGGCCCACUGCCCCGUGACCAUCGUAUCCUGGGUGGAGCAGCAGCUCCAACAUUCAGCCAACAGGCUAGCACCAGGCCUCCAGGACCCACGCAUGGAAGCACGGGACGACCUAUUAUUGGUCGUGGUGCGGCUGGCGCUGCGGUGUACUGCCAGGCGCACUGCCGCCCGGCCGGACAUGGGCACAAUCGCAGCAGAGCUGGGUGCGGUGAUGGUGGAGCUGGGGGGAUCCAGGAGGAACGCUGCAGCGGAGGAGGUGGAUAGGCAGAUGCAGGAGUUUAAACCCAUGAGAAGCAUGGAAGAGGAGUUUUCUCGGAUAGAAGCCCGGUUCCAAGGUAGUCAAAGUGACUCGUACGCUCGCUUAGACCUGGUUUGA